AUGGCAGACAGAAAUACUCUUAUUCGCAAUUACAAACCGUCUCACUACAAGCUCUCUCUGAGAGACUUGGACUUUCAAGCAUGGACCAUUGACUUGGAAAUUACGCAGACAACAAGCAGUAUUGCUUUGAAUGCAGAGGAACUCAAGAUUAUCAAUUCAGAACUUCUCGGCAGCAAUAGCCAAGGGCCUCGGGUUCUGCAGUCGACUGCCUGCUAUCAAAAUGGCGACACCGUGACAAUCUCGUUCAAUGAAGAGCUUGUCGUCGCCAGAUCCUACAAACUGGUCAUCGAGUACAAGGGCCUUCUCAACGCACAGUCGACGGGAUUUUACCGCGCGCAAUACAAGGCGCUCUCCGAGCCACCCGCCUCGGUCGCGCGGGGCGAAAAUGGCUCGCCUUGCAUUAUGUGUACGCAGUUUCAGCCUAUUGGCGCGCGCCGCGCAUUUCCAUGCUUUGACGAGCCCAACAUGAAGGCCACCUUUUCUCUGGAUAUCGAGCUGCCAGCCGACCAGACGGCCGUCAGCAACAUGCCCGUCGCGACGACGACGACGAUGGAAGAGACCACCACCGAGGGCCGCAAGCGAGUGAGCUUUGAGACGACGCCCGUCAUGAGCACCUACCUGCUCGCUUGGGCCGUCGGCGACCUAAAGUACAUUGAAACCUGGACAGAGCGCGAGUAUCGCGGCAGCAAGAUUCCUGUGCGAUUCUAUGCGACGGCCGGCCUGGAGCAGCAGGGCCGCUUUGCGAUUGAAGAGGCGGUCAAAGUGAUGGACUUUUUUUCAGAAACGUUUGACAUUGAGUAUCCGCUGGCAAAGAUGGACCUUGUCGCCAUUCCCGAGUUUUCUUUUGGAGCGAUGGAGAACUGGGGCCUCAUUGCUGGCAAAGCUAAUAUUUUAAUUUUUGACGAAAAGACGAGCGCUUCAACCAAAAAAGAGUUGAUAUCAUCCAUUGUCUCCCACGAAGUAGCUCACCAGUGGUUUGGCAACCUGGUCACCAUGGACUGGUGGGAUGAGCUCUGGCUGAACGAGGGUUUCGCAACCUGGGCUGGCAACUACGCAGUCAAUCAUCUGCAUCCUGACUGGAACAUCUGGGAACGAUUCAUGAGCGAGGGCAUGGAGGGCGCUCUGAUACGGGAUGCCAUGCGGUCCUCGCACCCCAUCCUGGCAGACGUUCCCGACGCGCGCAACGUGCACCAAGUGUUUGACCAAAUCAGCUACCAAAAGAGCUGCGCGGUGCUCAACAUGCUGGCGAAUCACAUGGGCGUGGACGCGUUUCUGUCCGGCGUGUCCAGUUACCUGAAGCAAAACAGGCACGGAAACGCCACGGCUGAGCAUCUCUGGCGGGCUCUGGCCGAGGCCUCGGGCGACGACAUUGUCGCCAACAUUAAGCCGUGGAUCGAAAAGACGGGACAUCCAGUACUGACCGUCACCCACGAGGCUGGCCAGCUGAUCCUGAGGCAGUCUCGCUUUCUGGCCGUCGACGACAUGAAGCCCGAGGAAGACGAGACGGUUUGGUGGAUUCCGCUUGGGCUCCGAAGCUUUGCUGAAAAGGAGGCGCCGAUGAUCAAUCUGUCACUUUCAGAGAAGGAAAUGGCCAUGACUGCUCCGGGCCAACUGUACUUGUUCAACGGCUCUGGCACGGGCUUCUACCGCGUCGAGUACUCUCGAGACCACCUGACGAAACUCGGCCAGAAGCAGGACAAGCUGAGCGCCGUAGAAAAGCUCACCAUUCUCAAUUCGGCGUCGGCGCUGGCAUUCUCUGGCUCCGGGUCCUCGGUGGUGGCGCUGCUGGGGUUCAUGCAAGCCUUUGCCGACGAGACGAACCCGCAGGUAUGGCUCAGGAUGCUGCGCGACUUUUCGCGGCUCGGGCAGCGCUUCAACAAUGAUGCAGAGAUUUUCCGGGGCAUCCAAGCCCUGACAAGGUCCGUCACUGGCAGAAUGGUGCAGAAUCUCGGUUGGGAGCCGGCCGCGGGGGAGUCGCAUCUGCGAGCGGAGCUUCGACGGAGCAUCUUGGAAGCGGCCUUUCUCUGCGAGAGCCCCAGCGUCGAAGAAGCUGCUCUGCAGAAGAAUAUGAUGUACGCCGCAGAUCCGGAUAAGCUCACCAUUGAUCCCUCACUGCUAUAUCUUGUAUGGGCGGCCGGCGCCAGGGCCUCGCCCGCUGACGUCGUCCCGACUCUCAUCGACCAGUGGCAGCAGUCUGCAUCCACCGAAUCCCGCGUGCGCUUCGUGCGGGCCGUGUGCAUGGUGCAGGAUCCCGACGUGCUGCGCCGCCUCGUCCUGCCCUUUAUCUACGGCACGACGCCCGCGGGACGGGUGCUGCGGCCGACGGAGAUGCGCCCGGCCAUUAUCAUGCUGGCAAAGCAGUGGCCGGCGCGCCGUCUGCAGUGGGAGCACAUCAAGACGCACUGGGAGGCGGUGGUGGCCAAGAUGGGCACGUCAGAGGGGGUCGGCCGCGUGCUCGACGUGUGUCUCUCGGCCUGCACCGACGUGGCAGAGGCGGAGGAUAUCGAUGCGUUUUUCGCGGAGAAGGAUACGGAGGGGUUUGCGAUGACGCUGGCCAAGGUCAAGGAUGGCAUUAUGAAUGUGAGCCGUUUCUGCGAGAGAGAACGCGCUUCCUUGGUGGCAUGGAUGCAGAAGCAAGGAUAUAUGAAGCCGCAGCAAUGA